AAAACAUGUGAUUGGAGAGGGAAGAUGCCUUAAAACUUUAACAGGGCUAAACAGUAAGUUCAUGAAAACACAAAGUUUUGGCAUACUUCCUGCAACACCCUUCUCGUAUUACAAUCAGCCGUUUCAUUCCUUCCGGUCGUCGUCGUCUCAUUCGCCUUAUCUUUCUCUCUUUGAGAAAAAGAGACAAAAGCAAAUGAUUAAAAGUCGAUUUUACAGGCUUGAACAUGGUGACAGAGAUGCUUCUUCUGAUGAUUAUUCAUCUUCUUCUGUCUCCAAAGUGGAGGCAGAUGAAACAGAAGAUGAAGAAGAAAAUGAGGUUGCAGAAGUGAGAAAGGACAACGAAGCUUCCUCUUCUUCUGGUUAUGAACGGGAGGGUAGUUCAGUAAAUGAAAAUCUUGAUUCAUUAGUGAUGAGGAUAAUACAACUCGAAAUCACGCAAAUCAUCACUGAAAGUCAUCCAAAUGGCGAAGGCAAUUCUGAACCUGUCAAUAACGAGCAUGGUAAUAAAAAGGAUGAAAUCCCAUUGGAUGCAGCAGACUGUAUCUUAAAAUUGAAAUCAGUUUUCAAGUGCAGGCUGUGCCCUAGGAUCGUAUGCUUGUCAGAGGAAACUCUCAAGGCGCAUCUCACCUCCAAGGCGAGUAUUCACUUGGUGUGCAUUUUGUUUUUAAUGCAAUAUCUGAUAAUAUUUAUCAUGCAUCUCCCUUACGAAUUAUGUAUAUAUGGAGAUUGCUGGAGGAUACAUACUUCUGCCCAUGAUUGACUAACAAGAAAAAAAAUUGAAUGGCUAAAACUCACUUUCCGUGCUUUUUAUCCAAAAUAAUCCUUUUGUUUAUUUGAAUAUGUCUUUGUGAUUUCAUUUCUUUUUCAACAUAUUUUAGGAGUUUUGCGAAUUAAGAUUCCCAACUUUUGUUGUGUCUACUAUAUUACAUCCACAGUGCAUAGUCGUAAAUAAGCAACAAUAAUCAUGUUCCCCUUUUUCAUUCUCAUUAAGACAAUGAACCAAUAUUUGAAUAUCGCGCUUUAAUCGUUUUAAACUUACAUCUGUUUACACAAGUAGCAGAUUGUAUUUGGGAGAUACUUUUUUGUCACUAAAAAGCUCUGGAGCCUUUAGUGACUGCAAUUGCUUAUCUUGCCUCUCUAUUCUAUUAAAAGUAUCUAGCACAUGUUUGACUUCUCCUACAGAAACUUUGCUUCAUGUCCUUCACAGAGACAUGCCCUUUCUGAAAAAUUACUAAGAGAAGGGAAGGCUUAAGCUUAUGUUCAACAGUGAUGGACAGAUUGAGGGGAGAGACUCAUUCUGAGAUGCAUGAUGCAUCAGUUUCAGGAGAAGGAGAGAAGCCAACCAAGUUCAAGAAGAAAGUCAAAGGAGAACGGAAACAGCAGAAAAGAUUUAAGGAAGGUAACAUGCAUCUUGCUACCUUCUCGAUCUGAUAUUUCCAUACAAAAAACUAUGCCAAAUAGGGCUUAACUUUUGUGAACUGCAAGGAAGCAUCAAGGUUGGAGAAAGGAAGUUCGAGAAAGAACCAGGGAAGGAAGACGAGGAAAAAUGACGGUUUUAGAAAACAAUAAUCUUUCAGUUAUUGUCUUCAAGGCUAGAAUGAAGAUCCAAAAUGGCUAUAAAUCAAUGAUAGCAGUCGAGACAUAUUUCCAAUUUGGGCUCAACCACGUAUACUGUAGGAAAAAGAAAAAUUGUAGACACAGGAAAAGCAGUUUUCAUACAUGGUUUUUAUUUCCUUGUCAACGCAAACAAGUUUUGUAAUAUGAUCCUCCCAGGCUA